GUUCGUAUAGAAAAACUAUGUACGGAGGCUGGUUAAGAUAUUUAGUUUUGAAAAUUAACGAGAGGUGGCGCUUUGUUCAAUUUUGUAUAUUUUUUUUCGUUAGCAACAUUAUAAUGUGGUGUUGCUAUCGACUGUUUGUCAGUUCUUUAUACGCAAAAUACUUACGUCUCUAACUUUGAAAUAAGCUUUUUCUUCAGAAAAAAAAGAGGAAUGCAAACUUCAAAGCAUCUAAAUCAUAAACAAAAUAUGUCUACACAUGUGAUCUACACUUACUUGUUGUUACUUGAUAUUUAUUAAGGUAGAAAAUCGCUUUGGUUUUUUCCAAGUGGUUUUGUAAAUUUUUGUGUGUAAUGGAACGCAUAUAUGUCAUGGCGUCCGGCCGGUACCCUUUAAAAGUUGUUGAUUGUGUUGUGUGGUGCGUUCUCCUGUUUUUCCGUAUAUUUGUGGCUUUUCCGACAACGUUUGCUUUCCAAAGGACACCGAAAUCUCCGCUUUAAUUUUACACCUGUGCGCACUACUUUGGACUCCGAGUUUUCUUUACGAUUUGGAUUUGACGAUAUGGGAUCUCCGUUCAGAUGUUGUGUUCGUUAUUGCACUACAACUCGCAGUGAUGAUUGCAAUGUUAUUUUGCAUUCAUUUCCCAACCCCGAUAAGGAAGAGGACAGAUUUAGAUCUUGGGUCUACUCAAUUGGGGGAGAUAUUCUGGUUUUGGAUAACCAAUUUGUAUUCAAAAACAGAAAAAUAUGCCACAAGCACUUCGAAAGUAAAUACCAUACAAGAAGUUCAAGAUUAAGUGCUAAUGCAGUUCCUACUUUGCAUUUAAAAGGCAUACCUUGUAAAAGACCAUUAUCAGAUGUUACCAAUGUGACCAGUUACAAUCCAAUAUUUGCUCAACCUUCAACAUCCACAGCAGGUCCACUUCAUUCUGGUGAACCAAUAUCUAUCAAGACCAGUGAACUUGAGAAGCUAGCAGAAGCAGAUUUAGGCAAACCUGUAAAGACUUCAGGAGUAAAACAUAUUUCCCUAAAACAAGCAGCUGCAAUGACAAAAAAUGUACCAAACUUAGCGAAUCUGCAAAAAACAAUCAAGAAGUUACAACAAAAGAAAGAAAGUUACGCCACACGACUGAAAAGAGCCUUAAGACUUUCUGAAAAUACCACUUUUCAGAAGUGCUUACAAAAUUUUCGACUUUGGCAGCCUUGUUUACAGUCAUGCAAUUUCGCGAAAUUUCAAAAGGAAAAAUGGGAAGAAGGUUCACAAAGGACGAAAAAAUCAUGGCUCUCAGUUUGUACAAACAGGGCCCAAAAGCAUAUAGAUGGCUCAGUAAAAUAUUUAUUUUACCAUCUCCUAUCACUCUGAGUCGUCUGAUUUCCUGUGCUGGUCUAAGACCAGGAAUCAACAAAAGGAUAUUUAACCAGUUGAAGAAAAGAGCCCAAAAAAUGACAGAAAAUGAAAAGUUAUGCAUUCUUCUGUUCGAUGAAAUAUCUAUUACACCCCAUUAUGACUAUAAUAGAAAACGAGAUGCCAUUACGGGAUUUAUUAAUAAUGGAAAACAAACAAACAGGAACAUAGCGGAUCAUGCACUUGUUUUUAUGUUAAGAGGGUUUGUAAAUAAUUACAAACAACCAUUGGCUUACACAUUUUGCAAAGGAACAACUUCCAAAGGAGAUUUGAAACUUUUAAUAAAAAAUAUUAUUUCCGAAUUGCAACAGUGUGGGUUUUAUGUGCUUGCAACGGUCUGUGACCAAGGGACUACAAAUGUUAGCGCUAUAAACGAAUUGAUAGAAGAAAGAAGAGUUGAUUAUAUAAGAAAAAAUCUAAAUUUUAAGCAUCAAAUAUUUGAAGUCAAUGGCAAGGAAAUAAUACCUAUUUUUGACACCCCCCACUUAAUAAAAGGGAUUAGAAUAAUUUAAUUACCA